CCCAAAAGCAAAGCAGCAACUACUCGCCGUCGUCCACCAAGUACAUCUUCUGCAAAGUCUCGACUCUCUAGCCUCAAGUCACCCCGUCCUGUUGUGAUGCCUCCACGUUGGCCAGUCGAUCCUGUCUCUCGAGUCUCCAUCCGCCUUGCCAUGCCUGAUCUGACCCCGGAAACCCAAAAUCUCCCAUUUCCCACCAAAAACUCACCGGUCACUCACCCAGCGCAGCCCAGAGCUCAAAAAAGGCCUAGCAAAUAUUUUGCCUUCCUCGCUACAAUGGUCCAAGUCGAUGUUGACCAUUGCCUCUAGUCAGACCGUGAUCAUCUGCAGCAAGCCCCCGGGCGCCUGCUCGCCUAGGCAUCAUUUAACCAGAGCGGCUACUAUCAAGCAAUGAGCUUCUCCAAGACCUCUGCCGCCGAUGACGGCGGCCUGUGCGCGGGCGCAUCCCCCUCCCAAGCUUCCUCAUCCUCUCGUCCUCAUUAUCCUCGCCCAUCAAUCUCCUCUCACACCCCGGGUCGCAAGCGAGGACAUGCGAGCACAUGCUGGUGGAUCAAACCCUCUGGAUCACCUUCCCAUGAGACUCCGCCUCAGCCAGUGAUCGGAGGGCGACCACCUGUCCGGAACGUCAGAGGGCGAGGGAAAGGGAGCAUUAGAAAAAAAAAUUCAAUGCAGCGUCACGGGCAGACUGGAUUACGGAGUCACAGCGAACAAGUUCCUCAAUGGCGGGAGGUCAUGCAUGUGGUACAAGGGCCUGAAGCCCGAAAAUGUCCUUCGAGGGCCAAAAAACGCCUCUUGACGCAGGUGCUCCCGUCUUUAGAAUUCCCGACCAAGGCCAAAACCGUCCUCUGACCUUUGCCAACCACAGAUCUCGACAAGCAACAAAGUUUGUUUUGUGUCAAGUGCUCAGCACCAGCCUCACAAUCUGAGUCAAACCUUUCAUGUGAGACGACCAUGCCCACCGGCCACCUGACCGUCAAGUGUGAAAGAGGAGGGGUGGGUGAUGUUGAACAGACUUUACAGUACACCACGAACAUAUCCGUUGUCACAGAUGUCUCUCUUACACGAACACGCUCUGCUUGUCAUGCUGAUUCCUCCCAGCGGCAGUUUCCAUCUCGUUGGCGCCCUCACGAAAAACGACAGUCUCCACCUUCUUAUCCACCCUCUCUUUCCUUAGAAGUUCGAUUCGCCGCUAGCUCCGCAUCCCACUGACAAGCCCGCCACCAAGUCUCCUCCAAUCCUCAAACCAAUUUGAUCGAAAGCAGCAAUCAGAGGUCGCUGCAAGGUGCAGAGGUUGCUAGACUGGAACUGCCAUAGAGGAGGAUACAAGUGGCCACAACAGCAGGACUACUCGUACUCUGCAGUCCACACACUUGAACGAUGCCUCCAGCGUAGGGCGCCAUGCAUUUAAUCGAACCGACUACGAUAGUCAAAUAAUGCUGUCAUCUGCAAUGCGGCCCUCGGACCUCGACCUGCCUUUUCGCCAUGCUUUGCCCCACACCAUCGACAGUUCUCCUCGAUUUCGCUCAUCGUCCUUCGCCCGCCAGCAGGAGCCACUCCACGGCCGCAACUCCACCAAUAGAUGGCCGUGGUUCGUUCUGCCGCUCUCCAAGCUCCAAAAGCUCAGCGAGUGCAUGUUAGCUUUAAGAAAAUGGCAGCGUUGUUAUUACAACAUACCCUGAAGCGGCAAAUCUACGAUGGUCAGCGACAGAAAAACCUGCUUGACUUUCACCAUUGUCAUUAGGGCGUCUUCCUUUCCCUGGCCCUCCCUAAAACAGGCAUCGCCAGAUCAGAUCGGCGACAGAAACGCAGCAUGGAGGAGACUUUAUCUUGAAACCCAAUCAGCAUGACGUGCGGCCUCCCAUGGGUCCCUCAUCCAUCCUCAUCUUCUUUCGCUCUUGUGCUCACAGUUGCAUUCAUCCAGCAAGGGUCCAGACA